AUGGAAUGACGUACACACGAUUUUAUUAUGAAAUCCGUCAGGAAAGAAAUCGAUUUUAUGAAAAAUAAGAAAAACACGGAGCCCGUAGCCAUAAGUCGUUAUAUUUUCUUUUAUCUUUUAUUUACUAAAAAUCUUUUACGUCUUCUUUUUAUUUCAUCUUGUAUCAUAACAUCAAUCCAGCCAACAAAAUGUCUGCGGAAUCUGAUAUGGAAUAUUCUGACAAUGAUGGAGAUGACUACGAUUACUACGGUGGACAAGAUGAUUGUGACAUGGAAGCGGUCGAUCGAAGUAAAUCAGAUCCAGAGUAUUUUGUGUUUUCCUGUUUGCGGGUUGAGGAAGUGGAGAAACUAUUGAAUGAAUCGAUUGAACUGCUCAGCAACAGCCUUCAAAUAACUCCUUCACUGGCCAAGGUAACUCUUCAUGCAUAUGAAUGGAAUGCUCAAGAAAUUAUAAACAAGUACAAGGAGAACUCCAACGAAGUGUUGGUAUAUAGUCAUGUGAAGCCUCGGGUGCCCUCUCUGGCAUGUUCAAGCCGCAUAUCUUGUUCAGUAUGUGCAAGUACACCACCACUGCACAAGUACAGUGCACUUGCCUGUGGCCAUUAUUUCUGCAAUGACUGUUGGGCUAUGCAUUUUGAAGUACAAAUCAUGCAAGGUGUGUCAAAUACAAUACAGUGUAUGGCACAGGACUGUGAAGUGAGGGUUCCUGAAGAUUUUGUGUUAUCUCAUGUGGCCAAACCAGCACUGCGAGAACGAUACCAGCAGUUUAUGUUUAAGGAUCAUGUGAAAUCACAUCCUGAGCUUAGGUUUUGCCCAGGACCUAAUUGUCAGUGGGUAUUUCGUGCAUUUACACGGGAGGGUGCCCGUCGUGUGGAGUGUCAAGGCUGUGAGCUGCUGACAUGUUUCUCAUGUGGAGCUCCGCAUCAUGCUCCCACUGACUGCUCUACUAUUCGUAGAUGGCUAACCAAAUGUGCUGAUGAUUCAGAAACUGCAAACUAUAUUAGUGCUCAUACCAAGGACUGCCCCAAAUGUCAAAUAUGCAUAGAAAAGAAUGGAGGUUGCAACCAUAUGCAAUGUUGUGCAUGCAGACAUGAUUUCUGUUGGGUAUGCCUUGGAGAUUGGAAAACACAUGGAUCUGAAUAUUAUGAAUGUAGUCGCUACAAGGAGGACCCAAACUUGACUAAUGAUAGUCAACAUGCUUUGGCCCGUGAAGCGUUAAAAAAAUAUUUGCACUAUUAUGAAAGAUGGGAAAAUCAUGCUCGAUCUCUGAAAUUGGAAGAACAAACUUUAGCUGACCUAAAAAGUAGAAUUAAUGAAAAGGUAAUGGCUGGUGAAGGCACAUGGAUUGAUUGGCAAUAUUUAUGGGAUGCUGCAAAACUAUUGAAAAGGUGUAGAUACACUCUUCAAUACACAUAUCCAUAUGCGUACUACAUGGAAGUUGGUCCAAGAAAAGAGUUGUUUGAAUACCAACAGGCGCAGCUAGAAGCUGAAAUAGAGAACUUGUCAUGGAAAGUAGAAAGAGCCGAAACAACAGACCGUGGUGACUUAGAAAAUCAAAUGGACAUUGCUGAAAAGAGACGAACUACGCUACUUAAAGAUUUUCUAGAAUUCAAUACUAAAAUCGCUUCUAGCAGCAAUAAGGGUUAACGGAAACUACAUGAUACGCGUUUUAGAUGAAAAUGACCAGCACCAACAUUUGAUAUUCAUUAAAAGCUAGACAUUUUUUUCUGCCAAAGUGUAUUUAUUAACAUUAAUUGUAAUAAAUUAGUAAUAAUAA